AGCUAAAGAGAGUCCACCCUCCCAAGUAAGCCACUCACUUCUCAAAUCACAAUCAUCUCUCUCUCUCUCUAUCGCCGGCGAUGGCCAUGGCAUUGAAGCUCACCGCUUUACCCGGCUCUCGGCCAUCGUCACCGGCGGAGUCGCAACUGUCAAGUUUCUCUUCCCGCCAAAAACGUUGCGUCGGUAUCUCACGCGCCUCCGCCGGCGGCAGCUCAGUCAAGCUGAACAACACAAGGAAGCAGAGCUUUCUCUCUCCUCCGGCUCCGGCGGACUCCGACCGGUCAGUCACCGCGAGAUUCCAGCUCCAGGCGCCUCUCAUUUCUCCCCAUGACCAGUGGGGCAACUGGACCGUCCUCUUCGCCACCGGCGCUUUCGGUAUCUGGUCGGAGCAGAACACUAACAUUGGGGGUGCAUUGAGCGGCGCGUUGGUGAGCACAUUGAUCGGCCUUGCGGCGAGCAAUUUGGGAGUUAUUUCUUCGAAUGCGCCUGCGUUUUCGAUUGUGUUGGAGUUUUUGCUGCCUCUGGCUGUGCCAUUGUUGUUGUACAGGGCGGAUUUGCGGCGUGUGAUCAAAUCAACCGGGGCGCUGCUCUUGGCUUUCUUGCUUGGAUCAGUUGCGACGACAGUUGGAACGGUGGUGGCAUAUCUAUUGGUGCCGAUGCGUGCACUUGGUCCAGAUAGUUGGAAAAUAGCAGCUGCACUUAUGGGGAGACACAUUGGUGGAGCUGUCAAUUACGUUGCCAUAGCUGAUGCGCUUGGGGUUUCACCGUCAAUUUUAGCUGCUGGACUGGCAGCAGAUAAUGUCAUUUGUGCUGUAUACUUCUCAACAUUGUUUGCAAUUGCUUCAAGAGUACCUGCAGAGGCUCCAAUAUCUGAUAGCACUGGCAUUGCAAAUGAUGGGGAGUCUGACGGUGGAAACAAGCUUCCUCUGGUACAAACGGCUACGGCCCUUGCUGUGUCCUUAGCUAUCUGCAAGAGUGGCUAUUAUCUCACAAAGUACUUUCGAAUUCAAGGAGGAAUCCUGCCAGCCGUGACAGCCAUUGUGGUUGUUCUGGCAACUGUAUUUCCAAAACAGUUCGCAUAUCUUGCACCAUCCGGUGAGGCUAUGGCCAUGAUCCUAAUGCAGGUAUUUUUCACGGUGGUGGGAGCAAGUGGAAACAUAUGGAGCGUGAUCAACACUGCUCCUAGCAUCUUCCUGUUUGCUUUAGUUCAGAUUGCUGUCCACCUUGCUAUGAUUCUUGGAUUGGGAAAGCUACUGGGAUUCGACCUCAAGUUGUUGCUUAUAGCAUCAAAUGCCAACGUUGGAGGCCCUACAACAGCUUGUGGGAUGGCCACAGCCAAAGAAUGGCACUCCAUGGUUGUCCCUGGUAUUCUCGCAGGCAUCUUCGGCAUCGCCAUAGCAACUUUCCUCGGCAUUGCAUUUGGCGUCGCCGUUCUAAAAACCAUGUAAAUUUUUCCACCGAAGAUCAGCAGAAAUGGGGUCAAACCAAUAACUUCUGUACUAUCAUUAGCAGAAGAUAAGUACAUAGAUCUCCCAUUUGUACUUAUUUAGAGCAGAUAUAAUUCCAAUGUAAGAUUUGAUCUAUUGCAUUGAAACAAAGAGGGAAGAUUAGAGCUUUCACUACA